ACAUGCAAUUAGUCAUUCACAAGUUCUUAUCAAAAUCAUUCUACAUUGAGUGGGACGACAUUGUGCUGAUUGUAUUGUUUCUUAAAUUAAAGCAAAUUUGAUUUUAAAAUAACAAAAAAUAUUUAUAUAACUAUCAAUUAAUAAGUUUUUAAAUAUUGAUAAAAAAAAUUGUGAAUUUACCAACAAUUAUUUAAACGAAAAUGUUCUUUUUAUUAUUAAUAUCAUUGUUAAAUAAUAAUUUGUGGGCCUAUAAUAUUGAUGUGGAUAAUGUUCAAAUUUUCCAUAAACCAAAGAAAAGUGAUGAAAAUGAGAGAAAAAAUUAUUUUGGUUUUUCAGUGGCUUUAUAUGUUGAUGAAAAUUUGUUGGAAAAUUCUUUGAUACUCGUAGGUGCACCAAGGGCAAAUGUGAGUCAAAUAAAAACUGUCAUUGAACCAGGAAGUGUUUUUAGAUGUCCUAUUCAAUUAAAUGAUGAAUGUAAGGAAUGGAUUUUGGAUCCAACUGAAGAUGGUGAUAUUAAAUUUAAAAGUCUCACUGCUACACAACUGCGAGAUAAUGCGUGGACAGGAGCUACAAUUGCCAUUAAAAGUGGAAUAAAUCCAACAGUUGUGGUUUGUGCACCGCGUUGGAAGGCGAGAAUUCGAAGAAGAUCAAAGCAAUUAGAUUGGUUUUUAAAUGGGAUUUGUUAUCGAUCGCGUGUAAAUGAUUCAAAAAUUUUUCAAGUUCCUAUAAAUUCAUUGUUUGAAAGUAAAAUAUCGCCAUUUUAUUAUUAUCGUCAAGUGAAAAUGGUUGAUGGUCGAUAUCAAUAUUUUUUUGCCAUGGGACAAGCUGGUUUUUCAUUGCAUAUGGUGCCAAAUAAUGAGGAUUUAAUUCUCGGUAGUCCGGGAAUUUCAAAUUGGACUGGUGUACCACUUUUGGUACAAGUUGAAGAACGUAUGCCAACACGAGAGGAAAUGAUUUAUAAAAAUAUCAAAAGUUAUUCAGUUAAAUACAAUAAUGUUUAUGAUACAAUUGAAGCCAUUCAGGAGGUGCCUUCAAUUCAUUAUAAUGAAUAUUUCGGUUACUCGGUGAGUUCUGGAUGUUAUUUUCAAAAAGAUGAACGCUGGUACUCAUCAGGAAUUCCUAGAGGGGACAAUUUAAAUGGACGCGUUUUAAUAUUUUCCCAUCCAAAUAGAAGCAUUAAUGCAGAAUUUAUUAUAAAAAAUACUUUAAAUGGAGAACAACAUGGGGAAUAUUUUGGUUACACUUUGGCUUCCUGUGACUUAAAUAAUGACGACAAAGAUGAUUUAGUUGUUGGUGCUCCAUUAUGGACAAAUAAUUUAGAAGAAGGUAGAGUCUAUGUUUUUAGCAGCAAAGGCAACGAUUAUGAUUAUCUGGAGGCUCAAUAUAUUCACGGUGAAGUUGUAAAAGGAAGAUUUGGCUCAACAAUAUCUUGCAUCGGUGAUAUUAAUUAUGAUAAUUAUGGUGAUAUCGCGAUUGGAGCACCAUAUGAAAAUAAUUGCGGUGCCAUUUACAUUUAUCGAGGAACAGACUAUGGUUUACAAUUGAGUCAAAAAAUAGUUGCUUCCGAUAUUUCUCCACUCCUACGGGGAUUUGGAAUUUCUAUUUCAGAAUCUCGUGAUAUUGAUGGAAAUGGUUAUCCUGAUAUUGCCGUUGGUGCAUAUUUAUCUGAUUCUGUGGUUCUUCUACGUUCGAGACCAAUUGUUUCGUUAAAAAUAUCAAGAAUGGAAUCCCUCAUGAGAACAAAAUUACAAACAAGUACUUCAUUUUUUGAUAUUGAAGUUUGUUUUUAUUACAGUGGCAAACACGUUCCAAAUAAAUUAAAUGUAACGUUAAAGUGGAAAAUCGAUGAAAUUUUCGGCAGAGCGAGACUUUCACCAGAAGCGAAUAAUGCAACGAUUUAUGAAUUCGAGAGAAUUUUAAUCGAAGAUACACAAUUAUGCGACAACUUUAAAAUAUACCUAAAUAGUAAAAUUCAAGAAUUUAUGAAUCCACUUGAAAUAUGGUUAUCAUUGAAUUUGAAUAAAAAAAAAAUUAAUUCAAUAACAAACACAAAUAACGAGACAAUUAAUAAGGAGGAAUUUUUAAAAAUUUGCCCGGUGAUAAAUAAAGAAGAUUCUAUAAUUGAAAAAUCAAUAUUAUUACCAUUUGCCGUUGAUUGUGGAUAUGAUGAUAUUUGUACUUCAAAUUUAACAAUAACAAUGUCCACGGAUUUGACGAUAAAUCAUUUUAUUUUGGGAUCACGAAAGACAUUUUUAUUAUUUGUCAAUAUUAUCAAUUAUGGUGAACCUGCAUAUAAAAGUGAAAUACGAAUAAUUAUUCCAAAACCAUUGCAAUUGGCAAAUAUUCCACCAGAUUGUAAUGAGAAUGACAGCAAUUUGACUUGUAAUGUUGGAAAUCCUUUGCGAAAAAACAAAACAAUAGAAUUACAAUUGUCGACAAUUGGAGUCACGUGCAAUUCAACAUCAAGUGAAUUGGAAGUUGUGAUUUUCACUCAAAGUGAAAAUUCAAAUGAAAAUAAUCGUUUUAAUAUUGCAAUUCAUUUCGCCAUUGAUCUUGAUAUGAUUUUAUUAGGGAAAGCUCAAGAAGAUUCGUAUUCUUACUCAGAGGAGGAAGAUAUUUUGAAGGAAACAAAUUUUACACAUAUUUACGAAAUUCAAAAAUUCGGCUCAUGUCCAAUUGAAGAAAUUGAAGCUCUCAUUAAAAUUCCCAUAUAUUUGAAAGAAGAGGGAAAUGAAUUUCAAAUAAUUGAAAUUCUACAAAUUAAAGGAUUAAUAGACAAUCGCGAAGUUUCGUGUUCGUCAUUGAAGAAAGAAAAUGAUAAACAUAAUCCUACAAUAUCAUUAACAACAAAUGAAAUUUUUGAAAAUUUUCAUCCUAGGGAGAAUUCUUUCAAAUACAUACCACCAGAAAAUAGAACAUUAUACAUCAAUUGUUCAAAUUCAUUCAUUUCCUGUCAAAGUAUAAAAUGCAAAUUAACAGGACUUUUAAAUUCAACAUCAAUGAAAAUUAUUAUAAAUAUGGAAUUUCAGCCUAAAAUUCUUCAAUCAAUUAAAAUGCAAGAGAAGGAUAUUUUAUUUUUCAUAACAGAAGGCGGAGUAAUUGUCACGAAAUCAGAAGGAUUUUCAAAUGUCAUUGAGACAAAAACUAAUGUUGCAUUAGUUGGAACGACAUUUUUAGGAUCGCCAAUUAAGCAAAAAGUUGCUACUUGGGUUUUGAUAUUAUCGACAAUUUUUGGAAUACUUCUUUUGACAGUUUUAAUUUUCAUAUUAACAAAAUUUGGUUUCUUCACACGUAAGCGAAGGCAACAACUUCAUGCUUUAAAAGCCGAUUCAAGAAGAAAACGGAAACAAAAAUUACAAUCAAGUUCCUCAAGUCAAAUUGACUGAUAAAUUUAACAUUCAUUAAUUUAUUUAUUCGUUUUUUUCAAAGCCAUCGUGUUUUACAUAUAAUAAUCAACAUUAGUAUAGUGCAUUGAUUUCUU